UUGUGGUUAAAAUAUACAGCUGGUUGUAACUUUUAGAACAUUUUAUUAUUUUUUUUAAAUUUAAAUUCUUGUUUAAAUUAUUUUGAGUAAUUAAUAAAUUUUAGCAACGAAAAUUUAAGUUAUUAAUUAAAUUAUAAAUAAAAAAUAGAGAAAAUAUUUAUAAAAAAAUGCGACAAGUACUUUAUUUUGCUUAUGGAAGUAAUUUAUUAAAAUCAAGAAUUAAAAUAAAUAAUCCAAGUGCUGUUCUAAAAGAUAUUGGACGAAUAGAAGAUUACAGAUUGGAUUUUAAUGGAUACUCAAAUUUAUGGAAAGGAUCACCAGCAACUAUCGUAAAAACUAAAAAUUAUCAUGUCUGGGGAGCUAUCUGGGAGAUAAAUGUUGAUGAUAUUAAACGUUUAGAUAAACAAGAAACUGAUUAUUAUGCGUUUCAAGUUGAUGUUAUCAAUCCUGAUGGUAAAAUAUAUAAUUGUCGAGUUUAUGAACAAAUAAAAUUCCCCGAGGCUAAUGUUAAACUUGAAGAUUUACCAGAGAUGAGACGACCAGCAUUGACUUAUUUAAAAAUAAUAAUUAAAGGAGCUCUUGAUUGUAAAUUACCGAAUUAUUACAUUGAUAUAUUGAGAAAAAUAAAACAUAAUGAAUUUAUGGACGAAAAUAGUAUUAUUGGGAAAGAAUUGCAAAAUGUGAUCUAGUAUCUAUAAUAGUAUUUUUAUUUUUAAAUAAAAUAAACAUUUUAUAUUAUUAUUAUUAUUACUGAUAAUCUUUAUCCUUCGCAUAAUAAA